UAUACUACUAUACACUAAUCCGUUUGGUUGUGAUCAGUCAACUUAUUGCCAGUAAUCUAUGUUCAUCUGUUCUGGCGUCAUCAUCAUCAUCAUCAUCAUCAUCAUCUAGUUCAAGUGUGAAUUUUAUUCAAACUGACCAUGAUCUAGAUAAGACCAAGUGUAUUCAGUCACUUUUAGUGAAUCGACAUCGAAUUCCAGAUUCAGCUUUCAAUGCUACAAGUGAAGUAGUCGAUCCAACAGGUGCUAAACGUUAUAAUGCACAUUCUAUUCGAAAUGAGAAUACAGAUUUUGCAUGGUGUCCAGGUAAACGUAUCAGUACAGAUUGUGAUGAAUAUGUUGAAAUUGAUAUGGGUGAAUUAAAUAUCAUAACAAAAGUUGUCAUAAGUGGAUUACUUGCUGAAGGUGGAG